AUGAAUCGUGUGCGUCUCCGGGACAUUGUAGGUUGGGCCAUCGCUAAGUCUGGAAGCAGCAGUGAAGUUGCUGUAAAUGCUAAAAUUUACGCUACCGUCCAAGCUGAUAUUGCUCACGCAAUGCCCUCGCAAGGAAGGCUGGAACGUGAAGUAUCUCCUUGA